AUGCAAAUACUGACUCCAAACCGAUGUCAUAAUGUGGAAAUAAUCGAAGAAGAAAUAUUCCAAGAACUCUAUGUACUACGAGACCAUCUCCAGGUGCUACUGCAAGAUUUAAUUAAUUUGUCGGAGUUACUGAAGCAGUUGCAAAAUAAUCUAAUAUCAACGAUAAAAGCUGAGUUUUGUCAUCCGCUCCAAGUUUAUCAGAAAAUAAAUCCUGACUUAAUAUCAAGAAUUAAAGAAAUCCUUCGUUUAAUCUGUUGCCGACGCAACAUCAGCAGCAGCAACCACAACAACAUCAACCACAACAACAACAUCAACCACAACAACAACAUCAACCACAACAACAACAUCAACCACAACAUCAACAUCAACCACAACAUCAACCACAACAUCAACAUCAACCACAACAUCAACAACAACAACUUCAUCAACAAUACCAUUAAAAACAGUCGGAACAACAUCAACAUCAGCAAUAAGACCGACACCACCAACAACAAACGAAAUAUCAGCGAAAGAAGUCCCUUCAAAAAUGGAACCGACAGCAAACCCAACAACAACAACAGAAACAACUGCAGUAGAAUCAACUGCAACAUCUUCAAACAUGUUGUCGCCAAAACAAGCUGCAACAAUUACAACGUCAACAAAGACGAUGACGACAUCAGCUUUUGCAACAUCACCGCCACCACCGCCACCACCACCACCACCACCACGCCCACUUCCGGCAGCAAUAUUUUCAUCUCUUCCGCCAUUACCGCAAACGUCACGCGUUCAAAAAGCAAAAAAUGUAGCGUCAGCAUCGACUACAUCAGCCACAACAACUGCAACGUUGUCGACAACGACGACGACGAGAUCAGAAUCAUCAAUUACGAUAUCAAGAGCACAACCAACAACGACAACAUCAACAACAACAGCAUCAACAUCGUCUGUAGCAGCAGCAGGACCAGCCGCUGCAGUAGCUUCAACAGCAUCUGCAAGAGAAGCACCAGCUCCAACAGCAAACAGACCGAACCUGAAGCCGUCUAA